CGGAUAGCCCUCAGUCCGAAACAACGCAGAAACAGAAAGUAAUGUGAUUUACUGCAGGAAGUAACUUCAUAAUAUUUUUGAGCAGAUUAAAUCUCUUUUACAAUAACUUUUGGGGUUGCUAUUAAAUCUGAUUGCAUACGAAAGGAUUAUAAAUAAGUAAUAAGUCUGAAACGGAAGACAAACACGCGCUAUCCAUUGUAGAACACGAAGGUUUAAUAAUUCAUCAAAGUGAUUUCUUAUGAGUCAGCUAUGUACACUAUGAGGUGAUUAUUUUAAGAACGAAAUAGUCGUAUCUCGGCUUAUACAAUAAUGGUUUCAAUCAUGUCAAAUUAGAUAAAUUACGAAAAAUAACGCGUUUGAUCAGCAAUAAUACACGCGCGUGCGCACACAACCUCCUCGUUCAUUCAUCGGUUAUACUUCCCGUGCUUUGCGCACAACAGCCUGUCCACCCACCCACUGAUGAGUUGAAAGGGAUCACUAACUAAGGGAACGUCGCCAAAAACUCGACAUGUGUAGGGCCUGACAGAGGUGCAGUGGCACAUUACCCGAGGAAACCUUCAUCAGCAUCGCUGGCUGCACCCAAGUGGGAGGCUGCAUGGGUCUAGACCAAGUCCAGAAAGAACUGCUGGUCCCCCUCUCUCCACCUCGUAGAAGCUCUGUAUCCUUUAGCACUGAGGGGUCACUGGCUAAACGUGCACAGAACCUGGGACACGUAUCCAGAGCAGCAAACAAGGAAACAUUUCAGGCCUUAGCCCCUGCAGGGCAUUGCUAGCGACAGAGAGUGCAACACAGUGCGCGUGUCCCCGAGGAGCCAUCAGUCCUCUCUUGUUUUGAGGGAAACGGGCAUCAAUACAUUGAGCCCACUUGGAAAAAUUCACCCCUCUAGGUCGGAGCGAGGAGCAUUCUUGCCGGGUGUGAUCUGGGCUCUCAGUGGGGAGGGGGGCAGAGACAAAGAGAGCGCGGCUCAACUCUGUCCGGAGAUGAAGCUUCAAGCUGUGAUGGAGAAUCUGCACAGGCAGCAGAGAGCCAAACUGCUGAUGGAAUUGGAGCAGCAGCAGCAGCAGCAGCAGCAAGCAGGCCAGUCCCAGGCGCGAAACGCAGCCCAGCCCGACGUUGGAAACGCCGGGGAUGAGCUCAUGGGGAGCCCAAACCCCGAGACUGAGCACGCUCAGAUGGCGGCGCUGGCCGCCAUGCGAGCCGUGGCAGCCGGCCUGCAGAGGGCCCCCGACAGCCCCGUGUCAGAGCGCAGCAGCGCGGGAGAGGAUGAGGAGGAGGAGGACGACGAAGAAGGCGAGGAAACAUACAAGGACAUGAUGGGCUCAGAGGAGGAGGAGCGUAUAAAGCAGAAGUGGGACGAGGAGGACUUUGAAGGGGAGAUGGAGGACGAUUAUGAAGAUGACCUGGGUGAGGAGGGGGUGCCUGCAGGGAGGGACACAGUGAUGGGGAAGGGUAUUCUCCUGCUCCCUCACCGCCGGCUACACCCCCACUCCCAGCUGAUCAAGGCCCGGCCUCUUACGGACCAGGAGCCUCGAGUAUCGGCUGUCCCACCCCACGGCUCUCACAGUCAGCUGGGUGGCCAGGAUCACGGGGACUGGACUUAUGAGGAGCAAUUCAGACAGCUCUAUGAAUUGGAUGGGGACCCCAAGCGCAAGGAGUUCCUGGACGACUUGUUCAGCUUCAUGCAGAGGAGAGGAACCCCAGUCAACAGGAUCCCCAUCAUGGCCAAGCAGGUGCUGGACCUAUACAUGCUGUACCAGUUGGUGACGGAGAAGGGAGGGCUGGUGGAGGUCAUCAACAAGAAGCUGUGGAGGGAGAUCACCAAAGGGCUCAACCUACCUACCUCCAUUACCAGUGCGGCCUUCACUCUCAGGACUCAAUACAUGAAGUACCUGUACCCUUACGAAUGUGACAAGAGGGGACUCAGCAAUCCAAAUGAACUGCAGGCAGCUAUUGACAGCAACAGGCGAGAGGGCCGCCGGCAGAGUUUCGGAAGCACUCUCUUCACCUACUCCCCCAACGGCACGCCCACCAUGCUCUCUUCCCCUAAACUCUCCAUGUCGGGCAUGGGCAUGCCCGGGGGCACCAAUGGGACCCCACUCACCCCCGUGCAGAAAAUCAAGAAAGAGGACGAUGGCGGCCAGCCGCUGUCGGGGGCGGGCCGGAUGCCAGCGGCUCUGGCAGGCCACUCGGUCAUGGCGGCGCAGGCGGCGGCCGUGCAGGCGGCGGCGGCUCAGGCGGCCAUGGCGGCUCAGGUGGCCGCGCUGGAGCAGCUGAGGGACAAGCUGGAGGCCGGCGAGCCGCCCGAGAAGAAGAUGGCCCUGGCCUCCGAGGAGCACCAGCGCCUCCUGCAGAGGGCGCUGCAGCACAACCUGCUCGCCAUGACUGCGCAGAUGCCCAUGAACAUCCGCAUAAACAGCCAGGACGGCAGGCAGGACUCUGCCCUCAACCUCACCACCAAUGGGAUGAGCAGCAUCAGUAUGUCAGUCGAGCUCAAUGGGGUCGUCUACACUGGUGUGCUUUUUGCUCAGGCAGCAGGGUCAGCCCCUUCAGGCCCAUCUGGAUCGUCAGGCUCCAGUAACAGCAAAGCCCCUGGUGGACGCAGUGGGUCUCAGCCUGUCCCACACACACCUACCUCCUCCAACAACACAUCGCCUUAAAAACCUCACAAACCUACCUUUUCCCUUUUCUGAUGCUAACUAAAGCCAAAAACCAACCUCAUUUUCUACGUAGCCUACGCCAAAAAAAGGACAAUAUAGAAAUUAAAACCCAGACCACUUGAAGUACACUAUCUCAGGUUCUCUUGCCUACCACAGAAUUUUUGUCUUUAUGCUUUGAAUUUGUUUAAUUUUCUUUCCACCUUCACUCAGCAGCCAAAAUAGUUGUGAAAUAUAACUAGAGCCAGUAUGGAGGUAUAUGCACAACCUGUGAAUAAUUUAUUUCUUCUUCAUAAAUGUACAGAUAACAUGUGAACAAUAUAACAAUAAUCAACAUUAAGGUUAAUGCACUGUUUACGCCAUUUUAAACAUCUACUGACUGACCGUGAAGCUACUUUUCAAACAAGAGGAAAAAGGAUUUUAAUUUUUUAUCUUAUAUUAAUGUUGUUAUUAUUAUUACAUGCUCAUUGCAAAAAAAAAGUAUAUUUAGGGUUUAAAGAAAAAUGUGUAAAUAUCUUCUAUUUUAUUCUAGAUAAAGAUGCUUUAAAGUAUACGUUAUUUCUUCAGGGCAUAACAAAGCACCGUGGUGACCUCAUUAGUUUUUAACUUCUUUUAAGCUUGCGUGAUACAGUUGAAAAUGAAGCAAUGUGUGAUGAGAGAGGAGAGUUGAUCUGUAACUGCAGGCAUACCUCAUAUGCAAGACUCCCCCUUUCCCCGUGAACCUCAGAGAGAUGGAAACUGAGCUUGUUUCCACCAGGCCUCUCAGGAUGUCUCUAGCUUUGGCUUUCUCUAUUGGACUCUUCCCCCAACUUGCAACAAGCUUAUUGUUACACUUGUGCAAAAAUGCUCAAUGACGGUUUUGUUCAUUUUCCUGCGAUACCAUACCAAUAUAGGUACUGCUUAUCCGUGCUAGAGGAAGAAAAUGAGAGUUCGCCCUCUCUUAUUGAAUAGAGAGUUCACCCUCUCACUUAGAUAGGAAAGUUUACCCCCCAGAGCCAUGGUUGCUGUAGAGAGCUGUGUGGGCACGAGGCUGGAUUGCAGGGGAUGAAGAUAGGGUGAUGGUUUCUUAGAGAAGUACGAGAGGCAAGUGUGUGUGUGUGUGUGUGUGUGUGUGUGUUUGUUUGCGUGUCUGUGUGUCCUUGCUCAUGUGCCUAAAAUAUUAAUCAAUAACAAGGUGCGCUUUGUAAAACAUCAAUGUUUAUUAUGUGGGACCUCAGUCUGAUGAUAAGUAAUGGCUGGAUCUUAAUGGAUGUCCCUUUACACCUUCUGGGAAAAGAAACCUUAAUCCACUUCUGAUAUGGGAUAGAGUUGCUCUAUUUUAACAUCAUAAUGUAGAACACAUUGCUUUAGACCCAAAGUAAUGGUUUUCUGCCAUACCUGCUAUGUUUUGCUCAGCUACUGGCACUGAAUCAUUAUUGGAUCAUGAGUGAUCAUUUCCACAAGCUGCCAAUCGUUUGAAAUGAUGAAACUUGUCUUUGGCCCACCCCACCAAAAAAGUACUUUACAUGGAAUUUCUUGAUUUAGAUCCAGUUGCUUGUUUAAUUUUACCAACUUCAAAACACGUAUUAACAACCAAUAUGUACAGACAUACAUGUACACACACACACACACAUAUGCAAACACACAAACGAGAGAGCUUUGGUGCUGACCCAUUGCCUGACUUCACAUUUAUGCCAUUGUAAUUGCAAUUAUGUCUUCAUUUAUUUUGGGUUCACAAUUGUAUGAAAAUGCCUUUUUAAAUGGGUUUAAUACAAAUUUACAGUUAUCUCUUUUUAUUCCAAAAUAUGGUGGAGCUUUAUUAAAAUACCUGGCAACUGUUCAAAGAUUGACUGGUAAAUCUCAAUUCAGCAAUUCACCUCCUGUAGUGGUGUGAAAAUAAUGUUGGCAGUGCAAUAAAGAUGUGCAGUUUA